AUGCUCUGCCUGGAAAUUUGGUACAUGAUGAGUAUACUCAUUCUCACGGGCGGUCUUUCUGAUGCAGUUAUAGCCGUUGGUUCUCUUUCAAUUUGCAUGAACAUCAACGGGUGGGAAACAAUGUUGUUCGUUGGAAUAAAUGCUGCAAUAAGUGUUCGUGUCGCCAAUGAGCUUGGAUUAAGACGUCCUAGAACAGUCAAAUACGCCGUUUAUGUGACGGUAUCUCAAUCUCUCUUGCUUGGGCUUCUUUUCAUGAUUAUUAUUUUAAUAACCAAAGACGAUUUUGCCGUAAUUUUCACAAGUGACAAGGAGCUGCAACAAGCGGUCGCUAAGCUUGCAUACCUUCUUGGUAUAACUAUGGUGCUCAAUAGUGUCCAACCAGUAAUAUCAGGUGUUGCAAUUGGAGGUGGAUGGCAGGCAACGGUUGCUUAUAUAAACUUGGGUUGUUACUACAUUUUUGGACUUCCUCUUGGAUACGUUCUUUGCAAUGUUGCAAAUUUAGGAGUCACGGUAAAUUUAAUAUUAUUUAUUUUCUUUCAAUGUUGCCAAGUUAAUUUGGCAACUUCGACACCAAGUACUUGA